CGCGCCAAAAUUUUGAUGCAAGUGCAAAUAUUUUAUACAAAAUGCAGGCAUUUCUAAAAAACAGUAAAACCGCUGUAGCCACUGCCAGCGCUUCAGAGAAGGAGAAACCAACCGUUACGGAACGUCGCAAGCCCCCGGCACCCUGGGUGGAGAAAUACCGGCCCCGGAGCGUGGAAGAUGUGGUCGAGCAGGCAGAAGUUGUGGCUGUGCUGCGUAAAUGUGUCGAAGGAGCCGAUUUGCCCAAUAUGCUUCUCUACGGUCCUCCAGGUACGGGAAAGACGAGCACCAUUCUGGCCGCAGCUCGUCAAAUUUUUGGCGAUAUGUACUGCGAUCGUAUACUGGAGCUGAAUGCCUCCGAUGAGCGUGGCAUUAAUGUGGUGCGCACCAAAAUCAAGAAUUUCGCGCAACUAACAGCGAGCGGUGUGCGUCCCGAUGGUCGUCCAUGUCCGCCCUUCAAGAUAAUUGUGUUGGAUGAGGCCGAUUCCAUGACGCAUGCGGCACAAGCGGCUUUACGUCGCACCAUGGAAAAGGAGAGUCGCAGCACACGCUUCUGUCUGGUCUGUAAUUAUGUAUCGCGAAUUAUUGUGCCCAUAACUUCACGUUGCACCAAGUUUCGCUUCAAGCCACUCGGGGAGGAGAAAAUCAUUGCACGAUUGCAGCACAUUUGUGAGCUGGAGGGCGUCAAGAUCGAGCCGGACGCCUACAAGUCCAUUGUGCAGAUAUCUGGCGGCGAUAUGCGGCGCGCCAUAACCACAUUGCAGUCCUGCUAUCGCCUAAAGGGUGCUGAGCAUUGCGUAAGUUCAGCCGAUCUUCUCGAGAUGUCGGGUAUUAUACCGGAGAGUUAUCUUCACGACUAUUUGGAAGUUUGCCGUUCGGGCAAAUAUGAGAAAUUGGAGGAAUUUGUGGCUGAAAUCGGGUACUCGGCAUAUAGCGUGGGUCAAAUGAUGGAGCAGCUUGUGGAGUUCAUAGUGCGCGCUGAAACGCUCACCGACAAGGAAAAGGCCAUCAUAUGUGACAAGUUGGGUGAGUGCGCUUUCAGGUUGCAGGAUGGCGGCUCCGAGUAUCUGCAAAUCAUGGAUCUCGGCUGUCAAAUAAUGUUGGCACUCAAAUGAAUAACACAUUCACAUUCCUGUAUUUGUUUAGUUCGUAAGCACAUUGAAUUUAUUCGAAUAUAUAUAUUUGUAUGCGAAUGUU